UACAAUCCUCUAAGUCAAGUCUCCACACAAUCCUCCUGUAUGAUAUGGUCUCACUUUACAUUCGGUUUGGGUUUCAGGAUUUUGAGUCAACUCUCAGAGCCCUGAGAAUCCGCAAGGAUGAGCUCAUAGAGAAGGAGGGCCAGAUGAAGGAAUAUCUGCAGAAAUUUGACAACUUUCUGAAGGAGAACGAGGUGAAACGAUGUCGAGCUGUUAGGAAGGCCGGCCGAGAGAGGGAACUGACCAUUCAGAAGCAGGUGGACCUGCUCACUCUCCAGGAGGAGACGAAAGCUCUCGUCAAAGAGAGGGACCGUCUGGAGAAACGAGUGCAGAAGAAUGCCAUAUACCCCCAUUACCUUGAUAAAGUGGUACAGGCCAGUGAACAGUUUCAGGAGGCCAGACAGGUGAUGUCUCGCUACGACACGUUGAUGCUGACCCGGGAGGACCUGGUGCGGACCACCCAGCAGAACCAGGACAGCACGGAGAACGCCCGGGCCCAGCUGGCCCGCUUCACAGAGCAGAGCAAUGACACCCUGCUGCACUACAACAACACUCUGGCCCAGCUACAGAGCCAGCUGGACAAGGCCCGUGCUGAGGGCAUGAUCUGGGAAUCGAGAUGGGCCCACAUUCAGAACACAGCUGCCAAGAAGACACUGCUGUUGGGCACAAUCAAGAUGGCCACUCUUAAUCUGUACCAGUGUGUGUGCAAGAGGGCGAAAGACACUGGGGAAUCGCCUAUUGCUCCAGAGGACACUAUUAAGCAGCUGGAGAAGAUCCAGACCUUCCUAGCCGAUCUGAUCUGCAUUUGGGAGGAGGUGAACAAGCCGGAUCAGCCAGGGCCAACCGGACACAGAUAGAUGAUCCGCGUCCAUCAAUAGAGCUGUUUUGUAUGAAAGUUUAGAUUCUAUACUAUAUUGUCAUUGCCCUUUGCUUAUCAACAUUAUUACACUGAUCAGAUCAAAAAUAAAGAUAUUCU